AUGCCACAAGAUUCUAUUCUGUUGGAUUUAGACGCCAUUAAAGAAAGAUACAAUCUUUUCAACACCACUUUCCCAGAUGAACCUGUGAAGAACUUCUUCCAGUUCGAUCAAAAUGCAACUCCUAAGGAAAAUUUAAUUAAAUUAUCAACCAUAAUUUUGAACGAUGAAAAUACCACUGGUUAUUUAUUCGUUUACAAAUCUAUCUUUUUGGAAAUUUUAUCAAAUUGGACUAAUAUCUUAAGUAAGGGUAAUUCCAUCAAAGUCCUAGAGUCUGCUGCUAGUAUUAUUACGAUUUAUCCAUUGUCGACAUCCAUUAUUGAAGAAUUUUUAGAUAGAGAAAAUGAUCACUUCAUCACCAUUUUACAAAAUCCUUCAAGUCAAGGUGAAUCAAAAUUAUCCAAAGUAUUAUUAUCUUAUUAUAGAUUAUUGUACCAGAAUAAAGAAAUAUUUGCCAAAUAUAUUAAACCAGAUGUAUUAUAUUCAUUAAUUGCCAACAAUCAACUCAACAACUUUUCCACAGAAAUUACCAAAUAUUUGGCCAUAAAAAUCCUUUCCCUCUAUUUAGAUAUGGGAGAACAAGCCUUGAAUAAAGCCAUCAAAACUCAUAUCUCAUCAGAUGAUAACUUGAUCGGUUCAUAUGAUUCAAAUUUGCAUGCCAAUUAUAAAUUCUUAGAAUUAAAUGAGGCUAAAAGAUUUACUAAUUUCUCUAAACUACCAGAAGUGUCCGAAUGCUUUUCUCCCUCGGAUAAUCAUCUUCACAAUUACUUUACCAUUCAGUCGAAGGACCUCAACGCCAACGUUGUUUCCAUUUGUGGAGUCUUAGUCCCUAAGAUUAAUACAGUAAGAGACUCAACGGAAUACCCAUUAGAAUAUGUUCCAACAGACAAAACUGUAUCAGCCUUACGCGAUUUGGCCAAGAAGCUCCAAUAUAACGAUCCAGUCAUGUUGGUAGGUAGGGCAGGUGCCGGGAAAACUUUUUUAAUUAAUGAAUUGAGUAAAUAUAUUGGCUGUCAUGACUCCAUAGUUAAGAUCCAUUUAGGUGAACAAACUGAUGCAAAGUUAUUAAUUGGUACUUAUACUUCUGGUGAAAAACCGGGUACUUUUGAAUGGAGAUCUGGUGUAUUGACUACAGCAGUUAAAGAGGGUAGAUGGGUUCUUAUUGAAGAUAUCGACAAGGCCCCAACUGAGGUUCUAUCCAUAUUAUUAUCUCUUUUAGAAAAGCGUGAAUUGACAAUCCCAUCGAGAGGUGAAACUGUUAAAGCUGCCAAUGGGUUCCAACUAAUAUCCACAGUGAGAGUUAGCGACGAUAAUAUUAAGAGACAUGAUACAACGGGUGUGGAACUCAACUUAAAUAUGAUAGGUAUGAGAAUUUGGAAUACUAUUCAUUUGGAUGAACCUUCAGAAGAAGAUUUACAGAAGAUUUUGUGCCAAAGAUACCCAGUGUUAUCCCAACUCAUUCCAAAGCUAAUACAUUCAUACGAAGCUGUCAAGAAAGUUUAUUUAAACCCUAAAUUUAUCUCACUUAAUAGGGGUGCCCACGCAAGAGUGGUUUCUGUCAGGGAUCUGAUGAAAUUAUGUCAUAGAUUAGACGCGUUGUUUGCCAAUAAUAAUAUUAUUAAACCUGAUCAGUUAAUUGAAUCUUCAAUUUAUGAUAGCAUAUUUGCUGAGGCAUCAGAUUGUUUUGCUGGUGCUAUUAGUGAAGUUAAAGCGUUAGAGCCUUUAAUCCAUUGCAUAGGGGAAUCCCUAGAAAUCGCAUCUUCAAGAAUUUCUUUAUUUUUAUCAAAACAUGUUCCUAAAUUUGAAAAUAUGAAUGAUCAAAUUAGAAUUGGGAGAUCUCUUCUACCGAAGGCCAAACUUUCAAUUCAAAAAAGAUCAAUGAACAGCACUUCGUUUGCAUUAACGAACCAUUCCUUAAGAUUGAUGGAACAAAUAGCAGUUUCUAUCCAAAUGACAGAACCUGUCCUUCUGGUAGGUGAAACAGGUACAGGUAAAACCACUGUCGUCCAGCAAGUAGCCAAAAUGAUGAAUAAGACGUUAACUGUUAUCAAUGUUUCUCAACAGACUGAAACUGGUGAUUUAUUGGGGGGUUAUAAACCCGUAAAUUCAAAGACUAUUGCAGUACCUGUACAAGAAACGUUUGAAACUCUUUUUAUUGCCACCUUCUCGUUAAAGAAAAAUGAAAGAUUCUCUAAGAUGUUACAUAAAUGUUUCAAUAAGGGUCAAUGGAAACAUGUUGUUAGACUGUGGAAUGAAGCAUAUAAAAUGGCCCAGAAUAUAUUAAAAUCGGAUGAAAAUGAUGAUUCUAAAGAAGAAGAUAACGAGAAGAAGACCACUCAAAAGAAGCGGAGACUUGAUUGUCAUGAAAAGAAAAUACUUCUCGAGAAAUGGAACCAAUUCCAUGAAAUGGUCGCCAAAUUUGAAGCUCAAUCUAGUUCUAUCGAGAAUUCCUUUGUGUUUAAUUUCGUCGAAGGUUCAUUGGUGAAGGCUGUAAGGAAUGGUGACUGGUUAUUAUUAGAUGAAGUUAAUUUGGCAUCCGCUGAUACCCUCGAAAGUAUCUCCGAUUUGUUGUCCGAAAAGUCUAGUAGGAGUAUUCUUCUUUCAGAGAAGGGGGAUGCAGAACCUGUGAAGGCCCAUCCUGAUUUUAGAAUAUUUGCAUGUAUGAAUCCAGCAACUGAUGUCGGGAAGAAGGACCUACCGUCUGGUAUAAGGUCCAGGUUCACUGAAAUAUAUGUUCAUUCACCAGAUCGUGAUAUCACAGAUUUACUUUCCAUCAUUGAUAAAUAUAUUGGUAAAUUUAGUGUCAGUGAUGAAUGGAUUGGCAAUGACAUCGCUGAAUUAUACUUAGAAGCCAAACGAUUGGCAGAUAAUAACCAAAUCGUUGAUGGAUCAAAUCAAAAACCUCACUUCAGUAUCCGUACAUUGACACGGACCCUUCUUUAUGUGGGUGAUAUUGUUAAAAUCUAUGGUCUACGCCGUUCUUUAUACGAUGGUUUUUGUAUGAGUUUCCUAACAUUACUUGAUCAGAAAUCGGAGGCACAAUUAGAACCAAUAAUAAUGAAAUAUACCCUAGGUAGAUUGAAAAAUGUCAAAUCGGUCUUGUCUCAGUUGGUUCCUUCUCCUGGUGAUGAUUAUAUACAAUUCAACCAUUUUUGGAUGCAACGAGGACAAGAAGAAGUAAAAGAUCAAUCUCAUUACAUUAUUACCCCAUUUGUUGAAAAGAAUAUGAUGAACCUAGUUAGGGCUACUUCUGGCAGAAGAUUUCCAGUCUUAGUUCAGGGUCCAACCUCUGCUGGGAAAACAAGUAUGAUUAAAUACCUAGCUGACAUUACAGGUCAUAAAUUUGUUCGUAUCAACAAUCACGAGCAUACCGACUUACAAGAAUAUUUAGGUACCUAUAUCACCGAUGAAACUGGGAAACUUUCGUUUAGAGAAGGUGUAUUGGUGGAAGCGCUCCGAAAAGGUUAUUGGAUUGUCUUGGAUGAAUUGAAUUUAGCUCCCACAGAUGUGUUGGAAGCACUUAACAGAUUAUUAGACGACAAUAGGGAAUUAUUUAUACCUGAAACCCAGGAAAUUGUUCACCCACAUCCUGAUUUUAUGCUUUUUGCUACUCAAAAUCCACCUGGUCUUUAUGGUGGUCGUAAAAUCCUAUCGAGGGCUUUUCGAAACCGUUUCUUAGAAUUACACUUCGAUGAUAUACCUCAAGAUGAAUUGGAAAUUAUUUUACGCGAGCGUUGUAAAAUUGCUCCAACGUAUGCCAAGAAAAUCGUUGAAGUUUAUCGUCAGCUGUCCAUCGAAAGAUCAGCUUCAAGACUUUUCGAACAGAAGAAUAGUUUUGCCACUUUACGUGAUUUAUUCCGUUGGGCAUUAAGAGAUGCCGUUGGAUACGAGGAACUUGCGGCAAAUGGAUAUAUGUUAUUGGCAGAAAGAUGUAGAACACCUCAGGAAAAAGUGGUGGUUAAGAAUAUAUUAGAGAAGGUCAUGAAAGUAACACUCAACAUGGACGAAUUUUACUCCUCUCUCGAGGACUUCUCAUUACAAUCACUGAAUUCCGUUGUUUGGACUAAAGGACUGCGUCGUCUUGCUGUAUUGGUUUCUAGAUGUUUACAAAAUAAUGAACCAGUGUUACUAGUCGGGGAAACCGGUUGUGGUAAGACAACGAUAUGCCAGUUAUUAGGCUCUUUUAUGCAUAAAGAGCUGAUUACAUUAAAUGCUCAUCAAAAUACUGAAACAGGUGAUAUAUUAGGUGCUCAGAGACCAAUCCGUAACAGAUCUGAAUUGCAAGCGAAAUUGGCCUCUGUAAUAUUGAAUGCAUUGGAGAUCAUUCCAGAGGAGAAUGUACCUGAUUUAGAUACUUUGCUGACCCUUUACGCAAAGGCUGAUAAGAGAUCAAUCUCAAAUGAGUUCCAUGCUGAAAUCCGAAAGCUGCAAGAUAGUUUGAAUAUCUUGUUCGAAUGGUCAGAUGGGCCAUUAGUUCAUGCUUUGAAAAGUGGUAAUUUUUUCCUAUUAGAUGAAAUAUCUUUGGCUGACGACUCAGUUCUUGAAAGACUAAAUAGUGUCUUGGAACCUGAAAGGAGCUUACUUUUGGCAGAGAAAGGUGCUGUUGAUUCAUUCGUAACAGCCACUGAUGGUUUUCAAUUUUUUGCUACAAUGAACCCAGGUGGUGAUUAUGGUAAGAAAGAACUUUCUCCAGCGCUGAGAAAUCGUUUUACCGAAAUCUGGGUUCCUUCUAUGGAAAAUUUCGAAGAUGUUGGUUUGAUAGUUUCUUCAAGGUUAAAUCCUGACCUCCGUCAUUUAAGUUCCACAAUUGUCCAGUUUUCUGAGUGGUUCGGAAUGAAAUUUGGUGGGGGAAAUACUACCAAUGGUAUCAUUUCUCUCCGAGACAUUCUUGCUUGGGUUGAAUUUAUUAAUAGUACCUAUCCAAAAAUCUUGGAUUCAUAUGCUGUACUAGUGCACGGUGCUUCAAUGGUUUUUGUCGACUCUUUAGGUACAAACAAUACUGCCUAUCUAGCAGAAGAUGAGACUUCUUUGAGAACCUUAAAACGUGAAUGUAUUGAUGAAUUAUCUUCAAUCUGUGGCCAUGAUCUUUCAAGAUACUUUUCUGAUGAUUUUCUCAUUGAUAUCACACCAAGCAUACUCAAAAUAGGAUCAUUUUCGCUUGAUAGAAUCAAUAGCAUUAAUGAUUCUCCUUCAUUUAAUCUUGAAGCCCCAACCACGACUGCGAAUCUGAUGAGAGUUGUAAGAGCAAUGCAGGUUCAUAAACCAAUUUUACUAGAGGGUAGCCCUGGUGUUGGGAAGACAAGUUUAAUCACUGCCUUGGCAGACAUUACUGGUAAUAAAUUAACUCGUAUCAACCUAUCUGAACAAACGGACCUUGUUGAUUUAUUUGGUUCCGAUUCACCAGGUGAACAUAGUGGUGAAUUUGUUUGGAGAGAUGCUCCUUUCUUGAAGGCGAUGCAACAAGGUGGAUGGGUCCUCCUGGAUGAAAUGAAUUUAGCAUCGCAGUCUGUUCUAGAAGGGUUAAACGCAUGUUUAGAUCAUCGUGGGGAAGCUUACAUUCCAGAAUUGGAUAGAUCGUUUAGUUGCCAUCCAAAUUUCCUAGUUUUUGCCGCCCAAAAUCCUCAGUAUCAAGGUGGUGGAAGAAAGGGAUUGCCUAAAUCCUUUGUAAAUCGUUUCAGUGUUGUUUACAUCGACGUUUUAACUGCUACUGAUCUAUCAUUAAUUGCAAUUCAUCUUUAUCCAAAGAUAAACCCCGAAGUCAGCUCAAAUAUGAUCAAGCUUAUGUCAACUUUGGAAGACGAAAUAGUCAGAAAGAAGAAAUGGGCAUCUCAAGGUGCACCAUGGGAGUUCAAUCUUAGAGAUACUUUGAGAUGGCUGAAAUUGAUGAAUAAACGUUCCAUUUAUGAAAUAGCUGACGCUGUUGAUUUCUUAAACAUUAUUGUCAAGCAAAGAUUCCGUAAUCCAUCUGAUAGAACUAAAGCUCAGGAUUUGAUUGAAAAUAUCUUCGGUGCAAAUGUAGAUACCGAUAACGUAUUCAAAAUUGAACCAGAUUAUGUUCAAACAAACAACGAAAUAUCUAUAAGAAAUGGUUCAUACCAUUAUCCAAUGAGCCAACAAUUUGUUAUGCUGGAAACUAACAUAGAAAUCUACGAAUCUACUCUAAGGUGUAUCAAUAACAACUGGCCUUUGAUUCUAGUUGGCCCAACAAACUCAGGAAAAACGGGUAUUAUUGAACUUGUUGCCUCCAUUGUUGGUAAAAAGGUAGAGACUUUUUCAAUGAAUAGUGAUGUCGAUAGCAUGGAUAUCCUGGGUGGUUAUGAACAAGUAGAUAUAACAAGAAAAAUAUCCUAUAUUACCAGCGAUCUUAUCGUUUGUUUGCGUGAAAUCUUAACAUUCAACUUCGGAGUUCUUGACCAAGAAUUAGAGGCAUUUACUUCUUGCUUCAGAUUGUUGCAGCUUUUAGAAAAUACCGUCAUCACCUCCGAAACCUUCGACUCAUUUAAAUUAAGCUUUGAUAAUGCUCUGACGCACCUCAAGUCCAAUGAAAAAUUGAACACCUUGAAAGAGAGAAUACUUUCUUUAGACAAACUAAUGGAUAAAGAGGAUUCUGUAAGAUUUGAAUGGUUCGAUGGGAUGCUAGUGAAAGCCGUCGAAGAAGGUCAUUGGCUUGUUUUAGACAAUGCAAACUUAUGUUCUCCAUCAGUCUUAGAUAGACUUAAUUCCUUAUUAGAAACAGAUGGUACACUGUUAAUAAAUGAAUGCAGUCAAGAAGACGGAGAGCCACGUGUUAUUGAACCACAUCCUGAAUUUAGACUCUUCUUAACUGUUGAUCCUAAAUACGGUGAAUUAUCAAGGGCAAUGAGGAACAGAGGUAUUGAAGUCUUCGUUGAUGAACUGAAAGAAAGGGCUACAUCUUUUGAUAGAUUAAUUUUGGGAUACCCAACAGACAAAAUUGAAGAAGAAAGAAGUGAUAUCUCUACCAAGAUGAAAUCUUUGUGCCUAUUUGAAGGAGCCGAAUCAGUUCCUAUGAGAAAAUUCAUUCCGGCAUAUUUAUCCUCUGCUUAUGAUAUUGCUCAGGUUCACGAUAUUAUCACAUACUCAGGCGUUAACGCAAUGACUGAAACUCUCUUCAAUGUUAUCCCAAUUAACCAAUUGGCCAUGAUCAGGGCAUGGGGAAAUAAUAUAAGAGCUAUUCCAGCUUAUGAAAAGAAAAAUAUAGCAGCUGAACUCGAAUCGCAGCUCAAUCUAUUGAAUGAGAUGAAUGUUAUUCAAAGAAUGAAUGAUCUAUAUGCACCCGCACAAUUACGCAUACAAGAAAUUUUGCAGAUAGCUGUGGAUAACGUAACCGAACAAUCUUUGCAACCUUUAGUGAAUACUUAUCUACUUCCUACCAUAGCGAAAACUUGUCCUAAUAUUUCUUCUGCUGAACCAGUAUAUUUACUUACUGCUACAAAACUUAUCACUGAGGCGCUGAAGAAUUUGGACUUUACCAACCAGAAAUCUCUGUCAGGAAAAAUAGAUGAGUUAUCUUAUAUAGAACAAGCAGCAGCUAUGAAUAAUGGGCGUCAUAUUAAGAACCCCCCACGUAUCCCAAUUUUUACAGUUCUUUGUGAAUUGAACAGCUCAAUGAUUGGCUACAUUAAAAGCAACAGAUUAUUCAGUACUUCUCAGAACUAUGAACUUCUUUACAAGCUCUCAGUAAUACUAUCCAGUGCUUUUGAGGCAGCUGCAGACAAAAAUGAAGCUCGAUUAAGAGUUUAUAAAGAUCUUCUUUCUGAUUGGAUAUCUUCCGCUAAGAAGGAAGGUUUAGAUUCCGAAGAGUACGAGAAGAUUUCCCAUUCUUUCGAUGUUACACUACAACUUAAAAGAGGCCAGUCUAUGUCAAUAUUAUGGGAUUCUUUUAGGAAUAAAUACCCCGCUACGAAAGAAGCCUGGACAUUUUUGGAGGAUUUACAAGUUUUAUGCAAAGAAUUUGAUGAUAUUUCUGUUCUUCAAUUUACCGAUUCAUAUUCUGCAAUCAACGAAAUAAAAAGUGCUAUUAUAAGCUUAUAUGAAGAUGUAUUAACAGGCAAUACUGGUGCCUUCAAGGACUUAAUGUCGAAGCUAGAAGAUGGAAUUGAGAACCUGAAAACUAUAUCAGAUAAAUUUUUGGUCAAAAGGAAACAUUUUUUUAUUAGUGAAUUUGACACAAUUUUAAGAUUUUUAUUUGCAAGUACUGAAGAUUGUUUACAAGUUAUCCACACUGCUGCUCCAUUCUCUUCAAUAUCUACGUUUAAGUUAACAAAAUUUUUGGCAAACAAUUAUUCUUCGCCUUCAAUUCUAGAUCAGCUAUGGCCAGUAGUAGAUGGUAAGGUUAUAUCCUAUACAGACUCAUUAUUUGAUUCAAGCUUCAUUGAAAAUAUACUGUUGAAGACAAAUUCUUUCAGGAAUUUUUCCGGAAACCAAAUUUACCAAACUCUAAUCGAUGCAAAGUUACUUAUAAGCACUACAGGCGAGGUGGCACCAUUGAUUUUGAAGGAUCAAAAAACAGUUUUUGCAGAAAUGUUGAAGGAUUGGAUAAAAAAAAUCAUCAUUGCACAUACUAAAACAGAAUUCUGCGAAGCCACGCUGAAAACAGAUUUAGCUAGUUGUUUAUCAGAACAUAGCAUGUCCGUUUUUGACUAUUAUAUUUUACCUGCGCUUCAGAUGACAGAAGAUAGAACUGAUAUAGAGGUUUUAGGUAAGGCUUGGAUUUUGUUUGGAGCCGGUUUAAUUGACUUAUAUGCACCAGAUCUACCAUAUGACCCAGCAGUACAUGAUUAUGUUAUGUACGAUGUCUUUAGCAAACACAAGGAAUUUGUUAAUGAAUUAUCAAAUGAUUUGGCGACAAUGAGGAGAGUUACAAGUGGUGAUAAAGUUAUACUCAUGGAAAGACAAUUCAAUCAUACUUCUCCCAUGGAAGCUCCUCAGAAGCCAAAAAUUUUCCGUCCACAAUCAUCUAUUGAUUCAUUAUUUGACGAGUGGUCGGCAUUUUUAACUUCUACUGUUUCGUCUGCUCAAGCUGAGGGAUUGAUGUCUUCCUUCCAAAAGUGGAAUAAUGUCUCGAAUGAUAGGCAUAUGAUGUUCCAGCAAAAUACUUCUCACUUCUUAAAUAGAUUGGAAACGGGUUACAGAGUAUAUUCUGACUUAAACGACAUAUUUGCAGGUUAUGUUUUAAGUAUGAAGUUUGGGUUUGACCUUCUAAGACGUGGAAAGAUUGAGCACUCUAAGACCUUUGAUAUUUCUUCGUUAUGGGCUAUAGAUCCAUUAGAGGUCACAAAUAUGAAUAACCUGAACAAGACUUUCGGCAAACUUUCUUUGCUCCUGAAGAAGACAACGAUGACCACAUUGUCAACAGAAGAAAUCUUAAUAUACUUCAUCGAGCUCUUCAAAAUACAUGGAAAAUCUAAAUGUAUGCUUGAUACCUUCAACAAAACUCUACACAUUCUAUAUUAUAGGUGGUCGUUAAGGCGUUUGAAAGAAGAACAGGAAUCUCAGGAGAAGGCCAGUAUUUUUAGAUUUGAAGGUUCCUCCGAUGAUUAUGAGAAAGAUUUCAAAAAUAUGUUCCCAGAUUACGAGGAUGCUCUUACUCUAGAUGAGGAUGAAGCAAAUAAUUCGGAAAUACAGUUAAAUGAGUUAUAUUAUAAAAUUGCUGUAGCUUAUAUGGGAUUAUUUGAUGAAGACUCAAGUGAGAACGUUUCGAGCAUAAUACAUAAGGGGUCUUACAUAUCUGAGAUUCUGAUUUCAGAAACUAAAAGAUUCAAAUCCCAAGGAUUAAAAGGUUCACAACUGACUGCUAUUAUUAAUAGACUUUCCCAGGAGAUUAAUUCCUUUAGUACUGCUGAAAAAACUAGUACUUUUGAUUUUUAUAGAGACUCUUCCGUCUCAGAAUCUCAAGAAGCAAUCCGCAUCAUUGAUAAAUUAUGGAAAUACACAUCAGAGCUAUUACAACAGUGGCCUGAACAUGCAACAUUGAAAGAACUUUUCAGAAUUUGCCAGGAAUUCCUAGAAUAUCCAGCUAGUAUUCCUAUUGCAAGACAACUUCAAAAAAUUGAACAAAUUUACACUUUUAUGACUGAAUGGCAGAAGUACGCUUCUUCGGAAGUUUCUCUAGCCAAAUAUAUUAAGGAAAUAACUGACUUGAUUGUAUCAUGGAGAAAGCUAGAAUUACGCACCUGGAGCGGUUUAUUUGCAUCUGAGGAUGAAAAAAUUAAAAAAUCUGUUGGAAAAUGGUGGUUCUAUUUGUUUGAGACUAUUAUUAUUGCAAAUGUGGCAGGUAUAGAUUCUGGAAAAGAAAACCACCAAGAAACAUCACUAUUGGAAUCUUUGAACAUUUUCUUCAGUAAAAGUACCUUUGGUGAAUUUGAUUCACGUUUAAAACUAGUUGAAUCUUUCAGAAAACAUAUUACUUUAAUAGGUUUGUCCAAUUCAAACAUUGCAUCCGCCCUUUCAAAUAUAACUUCCUUUUAUAGACAGUUCAAACCAAUUGUGGAUGACCAUAUUGCAAGAGGUAAGAAAUCAUUAGAAAAAGACUUGACAGAAGUAAUUCUGCUAGCCAGUUGGAAGGAUGUCAAUGUUGAUGCCCUAAAACAAAGUUCUCGUCGAUCACAUAAUAAUCUCUACAAAUUCGUUAGAAAAUAUCGUGAUUUACUUUCUGGAACUCUUAUGACCGUAGUGGAGAGUGGAUUGUCUUUUAACCCAAAGUCAUCUUUGCAAUUGACAUCUAUACGGAGUUUACAUUACAGAGAACUCCGUUUAGAUAGUGCUAAAGUGAUCGUGAAUGAUAUUUCUACGUGGUCAACCAGAUCCGAUGUUUUGAGGAACAUCGAUAGAGUAAAUGAAAACAUGGAAAUUUAUGCUGAAAAAAUAAAAAGGCAAGAAUUCCCUGACUUUGGUGAAUUGGCCCUUGACUUCGUCAAAGAAGCUGACAGAUUACGUGAUGAAACGCCAAAGGUUUACGCCAAAGAACACAAGAAGAAACUAGCAUCAUUACGAGCCCAAAAAGGGAAAAUGCUAAGCGAUUCUAUAAAGGAACUGAGAAGAAUUGGGUUAAAAACAAGUUUUAGAAAGGAUAUUCAUGCUGUCCAAGCGACAUCCACUGCUAUAUUAGCCAAUUCAGAGAAUUUUGAUGGAACAGUUUUAGAAGGAUACGACUUAUCGUUUUACCGAAUCCUAGAUAUUUUACCACGUCUUAGAAACGCUAUUGCAGGUCCGACAGAUGAUAUACCAGUGCCAACCUUAGAGAAGGGUAUGGCUGUUACUGAAAAUUUGAUUUUCUCGUUGAUUACUACAAGAAAACCUUUACUCACCCUAGCUUUGAAUUACAAGAAAUGUUUAGAACUUCGCAGCGAUUUAGAGGAGAUAUGUUUCACAAAGAGUGAAUUAUACCAUUCUUCCUUGAUCUCGGAAGUUGAUCAAGCCUCUUAUAUUUCUAAUUGGUUACCAUUUUUAAUUGACUAUGCAAAAACAACUUUGGCCAUUAUUGCUAAACCUGGUUCAGUCAAGGAAGAUUCAAACUUCCUGGAAGUUUUCAAAUCAAAAAUUGUUUCACUCCAUUCAAAAAUUUCUGAAAAGAAAAUCUUUGAUGUCGAAACCAAGACGCUACUAAAUGACUUCAAUUCCCUUAUUCACCAGUUUAUUACGAAGUUGAAUGAACAAAGAGAUUCUAAAUCUUAUUUCGUUUAUGAGCUAAUAUUGAAUUGGUUGCAAGAGCAAACAGUAUCAAAACAAGAAAAAAUUGAAGUUUGCCACACCACUAUAGAGGAUUUUGAUGAAAAAUUCCGCAAAAUAUUUACCUCUAUUGUAUUAGCCUUCCAGAAGAUUGUUAGUGAUGGUACAUUGUCCAUUACAGAUGAAGAAGAUAACUGGCUAUUGAUAACCUCCAAAAAAAUCAUGACAAAUGUGAGAUUACUGCAUUCAUCAAAUAUUACAAGAAACAUUGAAAAUGCUUUGAAUUUGUUGAAGAGCUCUAAUUUUACCACUGACGAGUCUAGACUCAUCCGAGCUCUAGUUACAUUUACCAUGCCGAUCAUUAAUAAUUACUAUUCAAUGAUGAGAAUUGUGUUGGAGAAGGCAAGAAAGUAUUAUUCUCAAACAGCUCAUGGUACUUAUGUUUUGUCAGUAAUUUUACAUAAUUUGGCCAAGAAUGGGUUCUGUUCUCCAGAGCCUCCUUCUGAGGAAGUAGAUGAUAAAAACUUACAUGAAGGGACAGGCCUGGGUGAUGGUGAAGGUGCACAGAACAAUUCUAAGGAUGUCGAUCAAGAUGAAGAUUUAACUGAGGAUGCCCAAACUGCAAAUGAAGAACAGAAGGAUAAAGAUGAAAGGGAAGACGAAUCUGAAGAAGAAGAUGCGGUUGAUAUGGAGGGUGAUAUGGCUGGUAAUGUCGAAGAAAUAUCCGAUCAAGAAGAUAAAGAAGAUGAACUGGAUGAAGAAGAGAAAGAUGAAUUAGAUGAGGAGAUCGAUGAUAUUGAUGAAGACGAUCCAAAUGCCAUUGAUGACAAGAUGUGGGAUGAAAAGCCUGAAGAUGAUUCGAAGGAGAAGAAUUCCGAUAAGGACAUGAAUCAGACAGAUGAUCAAGAUGUUCAAGCAGCUGAAGAUGAACAAAAUGACGGUGAUAACGCUGAUAAUGGUGAAAAGGAAAGUAACCAAGAAAUGGAAGAACAAAAAGAUCAGGACGUUGAUGAGGACAAGAACGCAGACGAUGUCGAAAACGAUAGUGAGGCCGAAAAUGAAGAAGAUGUUGGUGAGCAAGAGGAUGAAGUUAGAGAGGAAGAAGGACAAGAACUUGAUACAAAUGCCCCUGAAGUUGAAACCAUGGAUCUUCCAGAAGAUAUGAAUUUAGAUGCGGAUGAAGAUGAAGAAAAUGGCGAAGAUGAAGAUGAUACUAUGAAUUCAGAUCUUGAGGAACAAGAAGAAGAAGACGAGAAUGAAGACAACACCAAGGACCUUAAAGAAGAAAAGACCAUCGAAGAAUCCGACGCAGAUGAAAAUGAUGAAGAUCAAGAUGGUGAAGAAAUGGAAGAUAUCGACAUGGAUAUGGACCAAUCUGAUAAUAAAGCUGAUGAACCGGAAGAGGAACCUGAGGUUGCUGAAAAUAAUUUAAAUGACGACGAAUCCCCUCCUUCCGAAGAUGAAUUAGCUGAUGAGGAUCAACGAGCUAAUAAAGAACAAGGAGGUGAAGAGACCGCUGAAGGUCUAGAUGGUAUCGAAGAAGAAAUGAAUGAAGAUGACAUAGAGGCUGAAGCUGCUGUUCAACAAAACGAGGGUUCUAAAGGUGCCGGUUCGGAUGCUAAAGAUGAUAAAGAACAAGAAGAUAUCGGAAGCUCUGGAACCACCCAAAAUGCACAUCAAGAAGAGGAAGAAAAAAUUGAAACUAAUGAAUCAUCGAGGGAAGAAGUAAAAGAGGCUUUAAAACAACUAGGUGACAGUAUGAAGGAAUAUCAUAAGCGUCGUCAAGAGAUUAAAGAGGCUUCCAAUAAUGAAGAUACUGAAGAGACUAGUGAAAAAGCAAAUCAAAAUACCGAAGAAUUCGAACAUGUUGAAGGUGCUAAUACUGAAACUGAUACACAGGCCCUAGGUUCUGCCACCCAAGAACAAAUUCAAUCCAUUGAUGAAGAUAUGGCUAUUGAAGAGGAUGACGCAAACGAUGACAAUGGUGAUGAGCUGAAUCCUAAGGAAGAGCAAAUCACUGAGGACGCCAUGGAUGUUAAUAACCUUGAUGAAGAAAAUACUGAAGACCAUGAAGAAAGUAAAGGUGACAGAAAUGGUGGUAUUUACGGGGGAGAGAGAGAUGAAAACCUAUAUGAAGAUGGUGACUUGAAAACAGAUGAACUAUUGAAUGGAAGGGAAGACGAGGAUGAGUUAGAUGAAUUGAUGGAUGAGAUUGAUAGAGAAACUCAAAUGGAAUCGAAACUUGAGACCGCACCCCGUUCCUUAGAAGAAUCUCGUCAACUAUGGCAUUCGAGUGAAAUUGCUACUGCUGAUCUUGUGUCAAGGCUUGGUGAACAAUUACGCUUAAUUUUAGAACCUACUUUGGCCACUAAACUAAAGGGUGACUAUAAAACCGGUAAAAGAUUAAACAUGAAGAGGAUCAUUCCAUAUAUUGCAUCUCAAUUCCGUAAGGAUAAAAUUUGGUUAAGAAGAACAAAGCCAAGUAAGCGCCAGUACCAAAUUAUGAUUGCUAUUGAUGAUUCAAAAUCUAUGAGUGAAUCCAAGUGUGUUAAAUUAGCGUUUGAUAGUUUAUGUCUUGUUUCCAAGACGUUAACCCAACUAGAAUCUGGUGGCUUAUCUAUUGUUCGAUUUGGUGAACAUACAAAAGAAGUGCAUCCAUUUGAGCAACAAUUUAGUAAUGAUUCUGGUGCGAAGGCCUUCCAAUGGUUUAGUUUCCAAGACACGAAAACAGACGUGAAAAGACUUGUUGCUGAAUCUAUCAAGAUAUUCGAACGUGCUCGUUCCUUUAAUAAUUCUGACCAAUGGCAAUUAGAAAUCAUUAUUUCUGAUGGUAUUUGUGAAGAUCAUGAAACAAUCCAAAGACUAGUUCGUCGUGCCAGAGAGAAUAAGAUUAUGCUAGUAUUUGUCGUUAUUGAUGGUAUUAAUUCUAGCGAGUCUAUCAUGGAUAUGAGUCAAGUGACUUAUGUUCCAGAUUCUUUUGGUAACAUGAAAUUACAAAUCAACAAGUAUUUAGACAGUUUCCCAUUUGAGUUUUAUGUUGUUCUACAUGAUAUCUCAGAGUUACCUGAAAUGCUGUCCUUGAUUUUACGUCAAUACUUCUCAGAUUUGGCCUCUGCUUAG